ACCAGUGCAGUGAGAGGGGCACAGAGAGGAGAGCGAGUGCACUGUGGUGUGGUGUGGACUCUGUGUGUGUGUGUGUGUGUGUGUGUGUCGGUGUAUGUGAGCGCGUAUGUUUUGUGUGUGGUGGAGGGUGUCAUUUUUCCUUCAUUGGACUUAAUUUCAUGACCCCUCCAACACGUGAUAGAAUUGAUGAAUAAUAGUGGGGUGGUGGGGAGCUCCUUCUCUGAGGAAUCUUUCUACUAUGACAGCCUUGGUCUCCAAAGGGUUAACUUGGGCUACUUGGCAAAGUUAUCACUGGAACGGUAACCUAUUUGGGGAGUUUUAAUUUGAGCUUGUGCUGGCGGCCAAGGGGCUCUCGAGAGUGGGGUUGUUUUAAUUAAGUGGCUUGUGCUUUUUUGGGGGUCGGGGUGGGGAAUUUGACCCCCCCCAAUUGUCUACCCUCUUUGAUGACUCCUGGAGGCGGUGGGCCCAUGAAAGACUGCGAGUACAGUCAGAUCAGCACUCACAGCUCCUCUCCCAUGGAGUCUCCCCAUAAGAAAAAGAAAAUCGCGGCCCGGAGGAAAUGGGAGGUUUUCCCAGGAAGAAACAAAUUCUUUUGUAAUGGGAGGAUCAUGAUGGCUCGGCAGACGGGCGUCUUCUACCUGACCCUUGUCCUCAUCUUGGUCACUAGCGGACUCUUCUUCGCAUUCGACUGUCCAUAUUUAGCUGUGAAAAUCACUCCAGCUAUCCCUGUGGUCGGCGGGAUCCUAUUCUUCUUCGUGAUGGGUACCCUGCUUCGAACGAGCUUCAGUGACCCUGGAGUACUACCCCGAGCAACGCCAGAUGAAGCUGCUGACCUGGAAAGGCAAAUAGGUAACGCCGAAGAUAUAGCAAAUGGUACCAGUUCAGGGGGGUACCGCCCACCUCCCCGAACAAGAGAAGUCAUCAUCAACGGCCAGACGGUGAAACUGAAAUAUUGUUUCACGUGCAAGAUUUUUCGUCCUCCUCGUGCCUCUCAUUGCAGCCUUUGUGAUAACUGUGUAGAACGGUUUGAUCAUCACUGUCCCUGGGUAGGCAACUGUGUGGGGAAAAGAAACUACAGAUUUUUUUAUAUGUUUAUUUUAUCUCUGUCUUUUCUGACAGUCUUUAUAUUUGCAUUCGUUAUCACCCACGUCAUUCUUCGUUCCCAGCAAACAGGUUUUCUGAAUGCUCUCAAGGACAGUCCUGCAAGUGUGCUGGAAGCCGUGGUGUGUUUCUUUUCUGUUUGGUCUAUCGUUGGUCUCUCAGGUUUCCAUACAUAUUUGAUCAGCUCCAAUCAAACUACAAAUGAAGAUAUUAAAGGAUCUUGGUCAAAUAAAAGAGGUAAAGAAAAUUAUAAUCCCUACAGCUAUGGAAACAUCAUUACAAAUUGUUGCGCUGCUCUCUGUGGGCCUGUCUCUCCAAGUCUAAUUGAUAGAAGAGGAUUUAUCCAGCCGGACACACCACAGCCAGCAGCACCGACAAAUGGAAUCACCAUGUAUGGGGCCACGCAGUCUCAGAGCAACAUGUGUGACCAAGAUCAGUGCAUUCAGAGCACCAAAUUCGUUUUGCAGGCUGCAGCCACGCCAUUGCUCCAGAGCGAACCAAGCCUAACCAGUGAGGAGCUCCCUUUGCCAGGAAAGACCACACUGGGUGCUCCCUGUGCUACCUUGUCCCUGGGGCAACCAACACCACCCUCCUCCAUGCCCAAUCUCACAUCAGAAACUGUUUUGACAGAUAUGAUACCAUUGAAAGAGGAACAUGAUGGCCAUCAGUUCCUUACACCAGAGGAAGCCCCCUCGCCCCCUGGUAUGUUGUCAACAGGCAGUCCUAUCACACAUAGUCACACCCUGCAUGUCCUAAGCUUGGCCAGCCAAGACUCAUUGCAUGAAGACUCCGUGCGUGGCCUUGUAAAGCUCAGCUCAGUCUGACCAAUAUGGACAGUUGGCAUGGGGGCGGGGGAGGCGCAGUGCACUUUUCCAAGGACUUUGCUACUCUUGAGACCACGUGUGGAAGCCAGCAAAAGAGAUCUUCCCAGCACUCCAUAUUCUAAUUCCAUCAUGGCCUCGGUGAUGAGGAUACCCUGUUGUGGGUUAAAUGAACAUCUGGAAAGUAGAUGGAUCGAUUUGGGGGCAGGUCCUAAAGCUCAUAAUUUUGUCUUAUUUGACUUUCCUUCCCUUUCCCCAAUUUUUCCUCCCCUCCCACCCUUAAUAAAAACUGAAAUUGA